CACACAUUUAAUUUCAACAGUAACUUGGUCUAUUUAAGCAUACAUACUGAAAUUUUAAAAAAAAAACAAUUUUAGUUAUAUCACUUUUUAUACAAUUACCACGAUUGUUAUAAUACUGUUCUUAGAUAUUCUCAAAAACAUGGUUAAAAUUGCUUUGCAAUUUAAAGCAAAUUUGGAAAACGUAACAGAACUUCAAGCGGAUGGUGAAGACUUUCGGUGGUAUUUAAAAUUUCGAUGCACAAAUUGUGGUGAAGAGUCUGACAAAUGGAUUUAUUUAUCUCAAGAUGAGACGGUUCCGAUGAAAGGAAGUAGAGGCAAAGCAAAUUUAGUCACCAAAUGUAAAAUGUGUUCAAGAGACUGUUCGAUUGAUAUUUUACCAGAAACAAUUACAAAGUAUACAAUAGAAGAUUCAAAUACAUUUAAAAGUAUUGUUGCAUUUGAUUGUAGAGGAGUAUCAAUUAUUGACUUUUCACCUAGAAAUGGAUUUAAAUGUCAUGGAGUAGAUAGUAAUACCAUGUUUGAAGAUGUAAACUUGGAAGAGAGAGAAUGGGUUGAUUAUGAUGAUAGACAAAACCAACCUGUUGGAAUUUAUGAAGUCGAACAUAAAUUUAUAAAUAUUAAAUGAUUUUGUUUUGCUUAAAA